AUGACCUUCUUGUCCAUAUCAACUCACAAACUCACAGACUCAGUCUUAAUACGCCUAACUUUUUAUCUUACCAAGACGGGAGUAGAUCUUUUACAAACAAUGCAAUACGAACCUCUCGAUUUCCAGGCCUUUGAGUUCCGCCUUCUUCGCAUCUUGCCGGCUUCCAGCGAUGUUGGUUCUGAGAGAACUCUUUUGCGGUGCAGCAUAUUUCACAGCAAUUUGAUAGAGCCACCUGAGUUCCGCGCGCUAUCUUAUUGUUGGGGUGACCCCAACAUCACCAAAGCUAUUGAGCUCGAUGGGCAGCCAUUUCACGUCACUACAAACCUCUAUUCAGCGUUGAGAGAACUGCGUGCACAAGGCUACGACGUCAUAUGGGCAGAUGCAGUAUGUAUCAAUCAAAACGACAUUUUUGAACGGGGGCUACAGGUCAUGAGAAUGGGCCUGAUCUAUUCUAAAUGUGCAGAAGUAUUAGCCUGGUUGGGUGACUGGGAGCAUGAUCAAAGCCCAAAUCCGCUUGCACAAGUCGCUCGAUUCAAGCCUCUUGGUCUGGCCAGCCAUGUAAGAGGCGACCCAAACCUUUCCAAUGUUUCAACGGAUUGCGAAGACCAGUCUUCAAAUGCUCCAGAAUUCGGCUCCUCAGACAGGCGUUCGUCUGAUCGAGAACACGAUCCAUAUGCAGCUGAAGACGAAUUCUUUCGCACCUAUUUUGAUCGCGAUGCAACUGUGCGUGCGCGACCUGAUUGUAAACCUUGGAUUACGACAAGACAGGAGAUCUUAGAAGGCAUACCAGCGGUACUCAGAGCCAAGGAGCACCCGGAAUCGACAGCACGAAAGCUAGACCGCCUCGAACGGCGCUCAAAAGAUUUACAGACCAUGCUGAGAAAGGCGAGGGAAAUAAUGGACGAGCGUGACCUUGAGCCGCAAGACAAGUCUUCUGCCUUUCGAAGUGUCAAGGGGCUUGAAAAUGGCCAGCCUACCAUGUCAGGGGUGAUCCAGGGCCAUGAUCGCAUGUACACGCCAAAAGAGACGGCUCAAGCAACAGAAAACGACCUUUUGCGAGAUAUUCCCGAUAAUGAUAACGAAGCCACUCAAUAUAGGAAGUAUGCUGGCUCUAGGACGCUCAUGUCUUCCCUUGGUCGACUAUUUAAGAAAUCUCGUGGAGCUUCAGUCAAAUCGAAACCUCAUGCAGUUCAUGUUGUACAACCUGACGUACCUUCAGACUCUCUAUCUUCUACCCACUCUUCUGCAUCGGAUUGGGACCCCUCCAUCCAAACAGGACACAUAGUCACCAUGUCAAAAGGGAGUCCGAAAUAUUCUCGCGAGCCGCCUGCUUCACGGCGUUCAAAGCCUUUUCUGGCCCAAGAUACCAAGCAGAGAAUAGCUCAUGAACCUCCCGAAGAGUUUCUUCUCCAAGAUUUGAGAGUUUCUAAUAAGAUUGUAAAAGAAGAGCUCCACAGACCCCUGAAGCUUCCUGGAGUGAUGGCUGUAGGUGGCGAAUCCGUAGCAGGCUCGACAUUUAUGGAAAAUGCACUUCGCCUUCCACAAUUAUCUAAAACGGACGAAGAAUGGCCGCCUGGGAUCUUCAGAGGUCGUAAUAAGGAGUCAGUAAGCAUAGAAUCUGACCACAUGUACCCUACGCAAGAAGCGUCAGCCAACAACGUAUCAACAUCUUUCGUAGGACCAAGCUCUUUACCCAUUACGACUAAGGACAAGGGAGAGCAACCAGAGCUUGAAAGUGAUCCGCGUCCUAAAACUAUGGACUUGCAUUUCAAACAGCUGCUAGAUUUCCCCUUUUGGAAACGCGUCUGGAUCAUACAGGAGCUAUCUAAAGCCCCACAAGUACAGUUGAUGCUAGGUUCCAUCCAAAGUACAUGGAUACAACUGAUGCUUUUUUUUUUGAUCAUCAUCGCCUACAGUUUAGCAAAACAGAUUUCGCGGCGACUGAUAUGA